UUUUAAUUUAUCAAGCUAAAUUUUCAUUAAGAUGGCUAUCUUUUAUCAUUUUGUGCAUUAGUUUAUAAGAAUAAAAGCACGCAAAUUCAUGAUAAUGAGAUUAAAAGCAUUAAAAAAUUCACCCAAAAUGUAUGACAACUUUAAGAUAGUUUCUCUAUGUGCGUAACGCGUAAUGUCUACGGUUAUGUUUCUGUAUGUGUUAGAAGAGUGCUGUGUGUGUUUGAUAUUAAUUAUAUGUAUAAAUUGGAAGACGGAAUAUUGUGUUAAAUUCUACAAUUUCAUGCAUUGUUUUUCAUUAUGUUAAAUAUGUAAAAAUAUAAAAAAUAAGUGAUCAUUAAAGAUAUUUCUGCAAACUUGAUAUACGAUUCUACGAUUAUCAUUACUAAUUAUGUUAUUUAGGUUAUUAUGUUAUGGAACUUGAAAAGUUGUUAAAAAAUCGUGUAUUUUCAUAUUAUAUUUAUAUAAUAUGAGAACUCGUAACAUACAUAUCGAUCUGUGUUAAAUCUAAAAAGAAGUGCGCGUUUAAUUAUCAUUUGCUGUUAAUAAAAUCUCUAACUUGAAUUACAUUUUUUUAACAUAUGUACUUACUGAUUAAGAUAACAUAAUUAUCAGUGAAUAUACAGAAUAAUAUAAGAAAAGAUGUCAUUUGUAAAUAAUGCUAAUAUUUAUAAAAAAAUGGUUUCUCAAGAGAUCAUACAAAAACCAUGUACUGUAAAUGAAACUUCCGCAGAAUUUGUGGUUUUAUCCAAAUGUGAACAUGCAGAAGAGACAUUGGUCGUUGGUGAAGAAAUAAUUGUAAAUGAAAAAGAUACUUCUUUUGAAGAUGAUAUGAAUACAACAAUAUCUAUAGAAUACACAGAAAAUCCUACAUCGUUAUCUACAGAAAAUGCAACUAGUCAAAAGUGGCUUUCAAAUGAUCUGAAUAAAGAAGAUCUAUUGUUAUCAGACUCAGAAGAAAGUGAAGCAGAAAUAUAUACUAAAAUAACAAAUGAUGAUCAAGAUGGAGAUGAAGAAACAAUAGCCACAUUUGUAACUGCUGCUGGUCAACAAUUAGCAUUAUAUGCAGUUGAAGAUUCAGACGAAAUUUUUGCUGUAGCAGUUUAUGAUGAAUCUGGUGAACCACCAACAAAUUUUCAAUUUCUAAUGAAAGCAGAUGUUGAAAGAUUAAUAGGUGAAGGUGCAGUUAGGACAGUCAAAAAACCAACACAAAUAAAAAGACAAUUACUAACUACUCAGUCACCAAUAUUUUUUUCUAAAAAUGAAUCAACAAAUGAUACGUCAAUGAGCAAUGAAAGUAAAAUUACAUCAAAUGAGAAUGAAAAGAUACAAGAAAAGGAGUAUGUAUUGGAAGAAACUCCAUGUCCAAUGAAAAAUUCUAAUUUAAAUUUAGGUGUGAAACGAGUUCCUAACAUUAUAUAUGCAAGAGAUGAAAAACAGCCAGAUGUAACAUACGUGAUGAUGGAUGAUUGUUCUGUAAAUAUGGCAGACAAUUCUGAAGAUUAUGAGGACGAUGAUAAAAGUGAUGAUGAAUUUAUAGAACAAUCAACUGUGCAAUAUAUCUUAUUUGAAGGAGAUCAGUCAGAUUCUGAAUUAACAUUCGACGAAAUUCACAAAACUCUUCAAAAUUUAAAAUCAAAUGCGGCAAAAAAGCAAAUGAAUAAAAAAACAAUUAAUAAAGAUCAAAAUAACUUUGGAAAUAUUAAAGAAACAGAAUAUGGAACUUCAAUGUACCAAAAUUCUAAUGUGAAUAAUAGGAUGUCUAAUACUUUAACAGAAAGAAAAUUAAAUCUAUUAGAUAGUCAACAGGACUUAUUAGAGACAUUAGCAAAUUCAUCAGCAGAUUUAAUAUCAAGUAGUACAAAUUUAGAUAUGUCAAAUGGUUCAAUUGAAUAUACAUCACCCGAGUCAUCACAAAUACAGUAUAAAACUAAACGAUCCCGGAAACAACAAUUAAUUUCCGUGAAUCGUGAAGAUUCGGAAAUUAUUAUACAACCAGCGUCUCUUGUAACUGAAGAAGAAAAUAAUGUUAGGAAAAGAGUAAGACGAAAUAGAAGAGUUGUGACUCAUUCUGGGUAUCAUCAAAGAAAUAACGACUCAAAGAGAAUGAAAAAAGUCAAGCGAAAAGAAGUCGAAAUUAUUGAAAUUGAUAUUGAUGAAGAAGAAAGUAUUCUACAGUCAGAACGAGAAGUUGUUGAAAUAACUAUAGAUGACACUAAAGAUAAAUAUUCUAGCGAUAAAGAAAAUGAAAUUAUAAUGGUUGGAGAUUCCGACGAUGAAUCACAACAGCCGAAUCCAAAAACAAUUUUAUUACAAUGUCAACAUUGUUUAAGAAAUUUUAGGCAACAAAGAGCUCUAGAAACUCAUUUACGAGUUUGUUCAAAAUCGCCAUCUAAUGCAAUACGGUUUAAUGAACAACAACUGAAACAUGUGAAUGGAACGACUGAAGAUACUGUUAAAAAACAAUACGCUUGUAAAAUAUGUCAACAAAAAUUCGAUGUAGUAGUAGCAUUAGCUCGUCAUGUACGUUCAGAACAUUCUCAACGGAAAAAACGUAGAUUUAGUAAAUUAUCUGUUGAACGACCAUCUAUAGAAGUUAAAGAAAAAAAGGAACACAUUGAGCCAAAAAAACAGAUGACUAUGAUUAAAAAAAUUAAAAAAAAAAGAAAUCAAAGACCAAAAUGCACUUGGAAAGUAAAAAAAUUAAGUUGUUCUGAUUGUGGAAGAUGGUUCCCCAGUGCUGCCUUAUUAAGAGCACAUUGUUUACAGCAUGGAACAAAGAAGUCGGAACAACAAAUGCGCAGAUGUCAAAUAUGUAAAAAAUUAAUUAAAUCUAGAUUACUUUUUGUACAACAUUUGAAAAAACAUAAAAAUUUACAAAAAAAUAUAAAAUCUAUACCAAAUAUUCAAAAAAAGUUACAUACUACUAGGUCAGUAACAAGUAAAAUUACAACGCUUAGAAAACGAGGUCGUACACGAAAACUUUGAUCUCUUCAGACAUCAACAUGUGAAAGUUCUAGAAAUUGGUGAUAUAUGACAAAUAUUGUUGCUAUUUCUUCUAAUGUGAAAUAUGUAUAAUAAUAUGUUUAUACUUCCAAAUGGAAAUAUUUA